AUGCAACAUAUGUUGCCAGUUGGUACCAAAAAAGAUGGGAAACUGGUCUACAUGUGCUUUGUGGACCUGAAGAAGGGUUAUGAACGUAUCCCCCAGGUGGGGUGUACUGCGGGAGUAUGGGGUACCAGGGCCGCUGAUGCGAAUGAUGUGGUUCUGUUGGCUUCAUCAGACCAUGAUCUUCAGCACACAUUGGACUGGUUUGCAGCCAAGUGUGAAGCAGUCAGGAUGAGGGUCGGCAUCUUCAAGUCUGAGGCCAUGGUUCUCAGCCUGAAAAUGGUGGAUUGUUCCCUCCAGGUGAGGGGAGAGUUUCUGCCCCAAGUGAAAGAGUUUAAGGAUCUAGGGGUCUUGCUCUUGAGGCUGUGUGCUGUCUCAUCACUCCCUGCUCAUCAGUACCAUUUUGUUUAUGAACAAAUGAACAUGACUGAAGCUCAGAGCUACUGCAGAGAAAACUACACAGACCUGGCCACUAUAGACAACAUGGAGGACGUGAACCUCUUGAACUCCAUGGUGGAUUUAAACAGAAUGGUCUACCCAACAUUCAGCUAUUUAGCCUGGAUAGGUCUGUACGACGAUGUGAACAGCUGGAGGUGGUCGCUGUCAGACAGAAGUUUCUACACACAGGAGGAGGCUGAGUUCAGGAACUGGUACAACUACGAACCAGACAAUGAAAAUAGUAGAGAACACUGUGCAUGGAUCACCAAUGAUGGACAGUGGAAUGAUGUUUUUUGUGAUUUCUACCGUACAGCAGUCUGCAUGGAUGUCAGAGCAUUUGUCUUCAUCAACAAUUUCAUGACAUGGACUGAAGCUCAGAGCUACUGCAGAGCAAACCACACAGACCUGGCCAGUGUGAGAAACAUGGAGGAAAACCAGAGGGUAACAGAGCUGCUACCUUCAGGACAAGAUGUCUGGAUCGGCCUUUUCAGAGACUCCUGGAAGUGGUCGGAUGGAAGUAACUCCUCAUUUAGGUACUGGAAUGUGGGUCAACCUAAUGGGAACAAGGAGAACUGUGUGGCAGCAUACUUCGGCUAUCAUGGAAAAUGGGAGGACUGGCCCUGUGAUCACAGGACAGGAUUUAUCUGCUACAGUCCACCUGUCUCAAAGAAAGUGGUGAGAGUGAGGCUCAUGAAGAAAAGCUCCUCUCUGGAUCUGAAUGACCCUGCUGUGAUGGAAGACAUCUUGAGGGAGCUCAAACAGAAGCUGAAGGACAAGGGAGUGGACGGAGACGUCAAACUGAGCUGGAGGAAGCAGUCGGAUGGAAAGGUCUUCCACAAGGAAAAGGAGACUGAGAAGAAAACCACUAAGAAAAGAGAUGAGCUUUAAUGUUUGAAUUCUGUCAGUUUCCAUGAAAGAUUUUCUUUUUCUUUAUCUUUAGAAUAGUAAUGUUUUGUUGAAAAACAUAUUUUACUGUUAACUUUCUGUGAUUUGUGUGAUUAUCUUGAAUUAUUAUCACAUCCUAUUUUUCCGAUAUCCCCCUUGUAGGAAUGUAAACUGUAAGAUUUAUCAUCUUUCAUGUUGUGAUUGCAUAAGUGAGCAGUGCUUUGAGCUACAUGCUAAUAUCAACAUGCUAACAUGCUUGCAAUGGAAAAGGUAAAAUGCAACGUACA